AUGUACACCUGUGCAAAGUUUGUCUCCACCCCUUCUUCGUCAGGAGCACCUCUCCUGAGCGGAUCGCUUUGUGCAGUGGUGCUAACACCACCAGACACACUGACCGAUGAGAGACUCGGCAGCCUGGCAGACCCCAAUCUCCUGACCUCACUUAUUCCCAGCCACAGCUUCCCAACCAGCACCAUUGUAAGGGAUACGGACACAGCAGCCAAGCUCACUGGGGCUGGGGCUGCCACGGUAGGUGUGGCUGGCUCUGGGGCUAGAAUUGGGACUCCGUUUGGGAGCCUCCUCAUUGGUUAUGGCAGGAUCCCCUCUCUGAAGCAACAGGUCUUCUCCUAUACCAUUCUGGGCUUUGCCCUCUUGGUGACCAUGGGGCUCUUUUGCCUGAUGGUGGCCUUUCUCAUCCUCUGUGUCACGUCAGAGGCAUCUCCACCUCCCUGGGUCUUUCUCCCAUGUCUCGUCUGCCCGAUAUUGCCAAUUAGCCUCGAUAAUGCUGGGUGGAAGCCAGAGUUGGGGAACAAGAGUAUAUCUGGGCCCCGAGAUAAUAAGGUUAUAUACCGCAUACAACAUGAAUACCAACAAAUAACCAAGCACAUGGACUUUAUGAGAAAAGAAGAGAAGGUCCAGAACCGGCCACAGAACACUGUCGCGUUGCCAUUUAGUUUGAGGCUGGAGUUGAAUACCAUUGGGGCGAACAGUGACUUUGCCACCUGCGCCCGAUCACGUGGGGGGCAUGAAGUCCAGAGCUCUCAGCUGAUCCUCUGGUCCCCAAUGGCAGCACAAUAA